AUGUCGUGGCAGGAUAAGCAGAAUGAAACACGCGUCCUGAACGCCCGGUACUGCCUGAAGAAGACGCAGGCAAAGCCAAAGCAGGCAAAGCAGGCAAAGCAGGCAAUGCAGGCAGAGAGCCAAGGCAAAGGAAGGAAGACGAGUGAGGCUCGGGGCGAGUCCAGCGAAGCCGAAGAGGCAGAAGCCAUGGAAUCAUCUGAGACAUGA